AUGUCUUCAGCUCUGUUCUCUCCUAUUAAAGUCGGCGACAUCACACUCUCUCACCGGGUCGCACUCGCUGCACUCACACGUCUUCGCUCCGACGCCUCAUCUGUUCAUUCAAGUGGUCAUGGAUACACGUACUAUACCCAACGAACUACUCCUGGUGGACUGCUGAUCACUGAGGCUACUCCCGUUCAUCCCAAGGCGGGAGGUAUGCCCCAUGCCCCUGGUAUCACGACUGACGCACAGAUAGCCGCGUGGAAGAAGAUCGUAGAUGGUGUACAUGCCAAAGGCGGCUACAUCUUUAUGCAGAUAUGGGCCAUGGGUCGUCCCGCAUAUGGCUCCUUCCUCAAAUCCGUCGAUCCCACCUAUGAUGUCGUUUCCGCCUCUCCUUACUAUCACGCCGACACCGAUACCACUCCUCGCGAGCUCACCAUUUCAGAGAUCAAGGAAUACGCCGCCCUACACGCUCAGGCCGCUCACAACGCAGUUCAUAUGGCUGGUUUCGAUGGUGUUGAGAUUCAUGGUGGGAAUGGGUAUCUGAUCGACUGUUUCUUGAAGGAGGUGUCGAACUGGAGGACGGACGAGUAUGGGGGAAGCGCGGAGAACAGGUGUAGGUUUGCGCUAGAGAUCAUCGAUGCUGUGGUGAAAGAGGUCGGGGCGAAGAAGACGGCAUUUAGGAUGAGUCCUUUUUUCACUGGUUACAAUAUGGCCGUUCCCGACCCCGACCCCACCUACACCCACCUCAUCUCCCGAAUUCUCUCCCUAUAUCCCGACCUUGCCUACCUUCAUUCCACUGAACCCCGUCAUGACGGCACCGCCGACAUUUUCCAGUCGCUCACUCCCGACGUCGGCUCCGGAAACAACUUCAUUCGUGAGCUUUGGGGUGCGAGACCGUUUGUGAAUGAUGGAGGGUACCAGGCGGAUACUGCGCUGUUGUCUGCUGAGAAAUAUCCGUGGGAUAUUAUUGCAUUUGGAAGGAUGUUCAUAGCCAAUCCUGAUCUUCCGUGCAGGAUCAAGGAAGGAGUACCGCUGAACAAGUACGACAGGUCGACGUUCUAUACUUUCGAAAGUCCGGUGGGAUACAUUGACUACCCAUUUUCCGAGGGUCUGCGUGAGAAGCACGCUAAAUUGUUCGAUGAAGAGGCAAGGUCGGGCAAACUCCCUGUCGCUCCUGCGACUAGCGUGGUCGUUUGAAGUGUAGUUUAGUAGUACUCAUCCAGUCAGGAUAGGCUUCUUCGCGAAUCAUCCUGUGUGUAAUCUCGUGUGGAUGUUUACCACGUUAGUCAAGCUUCCCUAAAGUAAGCUUGAUACACUAUGUAAAG